AUGGAGAUGGGGAGGAAGGCGGUGGUUCUGAUGGUUUUCUUGCUGGCGGCGAUCGGAGGGUCGAAGGCAUUGAGCUUGUGUAACAUAACUGAGGAAGGUUUGAUGGCAUGCAAGCCCUCUGUGACCGGAGCGACCCCUGCCGACCCAACAUCUGAAUGUUGUGAAGCUCUGGCAGGGGCUGACUUGACUUGCUUGUGUUCUUAUAAGAACUCCUUGACCUUGCCUGCUCUUGGGAUUGAUCCUGACCUUGCCAUGGCACUCCCUGCAAAGUGCAACCUCACCCCUCCAAGCAAUUGUUAA